UUGACGUCAUCUGCUGCRCUGUUCCUCUGUGUUCUUCCGCUGCCGGUAGAUUGAACGUGAAACAUCUAAAGAAAAAAAAAGCAGAAGUGGCACCUCCGGUCCCAGUAAACAAAGAUUUUUGUCUUUUGUUGGUAUUCGGAACCACAGCGGAAAUAACUAAAGACCAUCGAGUCCACAGAAGUGUAAACUCUGACCAGUUAAAGGUGAGCCAGGAUGGCUGUGAAUGUUUAUGCGACGUCAGUGACCAGCGACAACCUGAGUCGGCACGACAUGCUGGUGUGGAUCAACGAGUCUCUCCAGAUGAACCUCACCAAGAUAGAAAUGUUGUGUACAGGCGCCGUCUACUGCCAGUUCAUGGACAUGCUGUUCCCCGGAUCCGUGCCUCUGAAGAAAGUCAAAUUCGGCGCCAAGUUGGAGCACGAAUACAUCCACAACUUCAAGCUUCUGCAAGUGGGUUUCAAGAAGAUGGGCGUGGAUAAAAUAAUCCCAGUCGACAAACUGGUGAAGGGGAAGUUCCAGGAUAACUUUGAGUUCGUCCAGUGGUUUAAGAAAUUCUUCGACGCCAACUACGAUGGGAAGGAGUACGACCCGGUGGCGAUGAGGCAGGGCCAGGAGACCAUGCCCAUGAACAGUCCCGCCACGUCCGCRCUCAACAAGCUCCCCAAGAAGACCCUCAACCAAGCUACCCAGAAGCCUCCAGUGGCAAAAGUUGCUCCCAAGUUGGCUCCUGCUGGGACCCGAAAACCGGGGAUGGGAGGCGGCGAUGAAGAGAGGGCGGAGCUUAUUAAUGAGAUAGAGAUUCUGAAAACUACCAUUCAGGACAUGGAGAAGGAAAGAGACUUUUAUUUUGGUAAGUUGAGGAACAUUGAGCUGAUUUGCCAGGAGAAAGAAGGCGAAGGCGACCCGACGCUGCAGCGGAUCGUCGACAUCCUGUACGCCACAGACGAGGGUUUCGUAAUACCGGACGCCGAAGAGCAGGAGGAGUUUUAAUCCGAGCGUCUCCUCCACCUUAUCAAGCCAAGGCGGUUUGGUGUCGCCAAGCCCUCUAUAAUCAACGAAGCCUCUGUCUCCAGAACCAGAACCCGACCCCCGGYGCUGCCCUGUAAUCCAGUCCUUCCCAGAACCAGACCUGCGUCGGGAAACACCUGAUUUUCACUCCGGACUCCAGUGUAAAAAGCAUAAACGAUGUUGUCUGUCUGUGUGUGUGUGUGUGUGUUUAAAAGCCUGUUGGAUGCAAAUGAAGAAACUCGUCCUGACGACCCGGUCGACCCGCCGGCGCUUUUCUCCAAACUAACCCUGAAUGUUUAGUUUCUGACCAUAAAACUGAGUUUCAUGUUGUA